AUGCAAAAGAAAACAGAAGAUGAUUCAGAUGCUGAUUUAGAUCUUUUACUAGAACAAGUCAGUCUUCCAAGUGAGAAUGAGAUCAAACCGGAAGAAAAAAAGUCUAAACCACCGAAAUUAAUGAAAAAAAGGAGUGCAAAGACUCCAAUUCCAAAAAUGAGUGCAUUUGACGCAUUUGAUGAUACAGAUAGUGAAGUAAUUGCUAAUACAAAAGAGAAUUCGCCUAAAAAAUCAACAGAGAACAAAAUCGAAUCAUCCGUUAUCUCUUAUUUGGAUUCAUCUCUUAAAGAUCUUUCAAAUUCAGUAAUCGAUGAGUUUAAUUAUUUAAUAGAAAACGCACUUUCGCUUGAAUCUUUUACAAAUAAGUUUAUGGUUGAUUUUAAUAACCAAGUUAAGACAAUCAUUCAAGAAGAAUUCCAAACUCAAAUCAUACCAGAUAUAGUCAUUCAAAAUACAAUCAACUCACAAAUAAAUGAUCAGUUUGAAUACUUAUCAAGAUUAAUUCGUUCGAGAGAGAAAACAAUUGAGAAUCCUCCACCAUUUUAUGCAAGCGACAUUGAUGAUUCAAAUGAUCGUAUUAAUGAUAAUAUGAUAACUGCGAUAGAUCAGCUUACUUUAGCCACUUCUCCAAUAUUAAACACAUCUAUUCAGCAAGAAAGCAAUCUUAAUGAUCAAUUACGAAAACUACAGAUGCAUGAAGUAUAUCUUACAGAGUAUGGUCAUCAAAUCGAUGCUCAAAAUGAUGAAAUUGAUAAAAAAGUUCGACAGCUUGAAGAAAAGCAAUCAAUAUAUAGACAACAACAGAUGCGAGAUUUAGAUAAUGACAUUGCCUUCUAUGGACAGAAUAAAAGCUCGAAUUUGCGAGAAUUGAUAAAUACAUUGCAAUCUAGUAACGAUUUGAAAUUAGAAAACUCAUUUAAAGAUAUAGUAAAUGAUAUUUCCAAAGGAUCUCAGGAUAUUUCAAUGACAGUCGAUCAAACUAUUUACAGAACGGAAAGCCUGUGCAGAACUGUUUCGAAAUAUCGUAAAAUGCAAUGGGACCAGCUCCAAAUUGCUGAUGAAGCAACCAGAGAAGCGGAUACUUCCCAGUUGACUGGUUCCAUGAUUGGAUCUGAAAUAACUGAGCAAAGCAAUAUUGUUUCGAAGGUGAGAGCAAAGCUUCGUAGUAUUCAAAUGAAUAGAGCUGAAGACCAAUUUGAAGUCUAA